CAUUUCUCGAGCUCCAGCUCUGCGAUGCCGCUCCCGAUCCCGUAUCUCCCCGCGCUACUUCUACUACUAUCUGAGCUUUCCGAGCUCCUCCUCGUCUCGCCGCGCAUCCGACUCCUCGAGUCAUCCAUCUGCCGCACGCACUACGGUCUCCCCAGCGUACCCGAGGCGGAAUGCAAGAUCCCCGACGUCCAGCGACGGCUGGCGUACAUCCGCGGCUGGCAGGUGUUCUUCGAGGCUACACCAGUGAUGGCGCUUGCGAUCCCGUGGGGCGCGCUCGCAGACAGGGUCGGGAGGAAGAAGGUCCUCGCUGUGAAUUUCGUGGGGUGCGCGAUUCAUAUCGCGUGGUUCGCGCUUGUGUGUAACCCUGGAAGCAACAUCGCGAUCGAGUGGGUGUGGGCGAGCGCAUUGGCGUUCGUGCUGGGGGGCGGGCCGAGGACGGCGGGCAUCUUGAUACUCGCGCUGGUUAAUGAUGUUUCGCCGGGCGCCGAGAGGAGCGAGCGGUUUUACUAUACCUACUCGGCAUUUUUGGUGACGGAACUGGUGGCGUUGCCGUUGGCUUCCGUGUUGAUGCAGAAGAGCAUCAUGCUGCCGUUCGUGAUUGCACUGCUGUCGUUGGGAUGUUGCUUCCCAGUGCUGGGCAUGAUCAAAGGAAGAAGGGCUCAGGGACAACUGAGGACGUCAGGGGAUGAGGCGACCGCCGGGUUGUUGGAGACGACUACUGGGGAGGAUAAUGGUGUGGCCACAACAGCAGGAUCUAAGAAACCAUGGACAUUACGCGUCUUACUGCAGGAUUUAUGGAAGGUGGUGGCGGAUAUUGACGCAUCGACGGCGCUGGUAUUACUUGGGCAUUUCAUCUGUCCUGUCAGACAGGAGCUGGUGUUCCAAAUUCUGAUCCCUUAUACGUCCAAGCGUUUCGAGCUACCAAUCGCCAAUGCUGGUCUUCUUCUCUCGGUCGUUGCAUUUACUAACCUUGCUAUCUUUAUAUCCGUGCUGCCAUAUAUAACCCGCCGUCUGCGGCGCACUCUUAGCCCAAGUCGCAUCGACACACUCACCGCAUCCUACUCGUCGUUGCUACUGGCACUCGGCAGUCUCAUGAUUGGGUUCGCCGGGACAUUCCCGCUGCUGGUGGUUUCGACAAUUACAUUCUCCGCAGGCUUUGGAAUCCGAUUGGGCCUGCUGAGUCUUCUGACUGCGCUGGUAGAUCCGGCAAAAAUCGGCCGGGCGUACACACUCGUAACUGUGGUCGAAAGCUUCGGCGAGAUGACGAGUGCGCCUAUGUUGCAAGGUCUCUGGUCAUGGGGACUGCUACAAGGGGGCGUGUGGAGAGGGACACCGUGGUGGGCUGGCGCCGUUGUCUAUCUGGCCGGAUGGUGGUGGAUCGAGAGAGUUAGAGUCAAGGGGGAGAGGAGACGGGUAGGUUCCGUUGUCGAGACUAGACCACUACUUUAAGUUAUCUUUAUGCGUGCCGAUACGACCAGAAUGCUCCAGAGUAUAACGGUCUGGAUAUACGUGUCGCCUUCCACGACGUUGGACUGUCGGUAUUGCGCAACGCCGUAGACUGAAUACAUGACCUAUCUUCUAGCCCUUCUGGGCGUUAUGGC